AUGUCCUCAACAGAAAUAAUUCUCAACCGCGCAAAUGUCGCCCUCGCCCGCAGCCAACGCCUCGUCGCCUCAUGGCUCCCCCCGCAAACCACUGAAGAACAGUCCUCGAAUACUAAAUCGGAAGAAGAGCUGCAGAGAGAAGAGGAUGAGAUUUUUACAGCUGUUCCGGAGACACUGGGCGUAGGAGCCCCGUUGCCCUCCAAACUCCCCGACGGAAGCUGGAACCGCGCAGAACUCGACUCGAACGAUGCGCUGAGGAGACAAUUACUGGGGAGGAAUUAUCAGAAUGUUAUGAAGGAGAAGGAGAGGGAGAGGGAGAGGGAGGCUAGGCAAAGGGCCUCUGCUGCGAAUGCGAGUGCGAACGGGGAUGCAAACAAUUCGAAAUCGGGCGUUAAUAACGAGGCUGUUGAGGAAGACAGUUAUGACGAAGAGGAUGGGCGGACGGUGGCUGUUGGGAGGAAAUUUGUGAAGGGCCAGGGGCAGGGCCAGGGUCUGACGAAGAAUCAGAAAAAGAAAAAUAAUAAGAAGCGGAAGGCUGCAGAGGAGCAAGCGCAGUCUGAGACCGCGGCUGCUGCUGCUGCUUCUGGUGAUAGUCUGGACCAAGAGGGACAAGAGGUUGAGGCUCAGGGCGAUGAUCAGGAAGGCUCUUCAGCGAAGCAAGAUGCAGGGACAUCAGGAUCGUCGUCGCGACCAGCUUCUAGGAGAAAGAAGGCGACAAGUUUCUUGGAUGAGAUACUGGCUGAGAGAUCUAAAAAGAGAAAGGAGAGGUGA